CACGACCACCGCCGCGGUCAUCGCGGUCGCCAUAGUAGGAAGGCCGUCUGUCCCCUCUGGCACCGCGAAAGCUGGAGCCAGGAUCGCCACGAUAUGGAGUAUCACGCCGUGCUCGACCUCUUCCUCCUCUCCCUCUUCCACCCCCCUGGUAGGAGCUAGAGCUGCGGCGACCACCGUCAUCGCGACUAACGCCGCCUCCACCGUAGUGCGAAUCUCGCUGGUCCCGGCCUCCACUACCACGUCCACUUCCGUUGAAUGGCCCRUUGUUUCCACCACUAUAACGCGUUGGCAUGGGACCUUCACCGCCCCUUCCUCUUUCCGAUUUAUUGCUGUAUCGAGAAUUGUCCCGCUGAGGGCCACCACCAUUCUCGCCGUUUCCGCCUGGAUUGUCCAUGUUGGCUACAUCGCGUUCUCGUUGAUUGGCUCUCUCGAGGUAGCCUCGUUUGAAGUGAUCGAGUGGCUGUGGUGCUAGGUUGGGAGCAUCCUCCGAUCCCGGGACAAAAUUCUCCCCAUGAUCAACAACGUAAGCCCUCGAGUUCCCGUGCCUUUUGGUUCGGAUAGUAUGUGRUGUAAAAGAAUUCGCGCAAGAAAAACCGACCCGAUUAUUGUAUUGUUUUUCCAAGGAACAGUUGGAUUGUUGGAUGUGAUUCCCGCACGAAAUUGAUGCAUGACAACGAAUGAAAUUAGGAUGAUUGGCGAUUGUAUUUCAAGGAGUGAGUGAGUAAGAUUCAUGUGUUAGAAACGCAAAAGGUUGUCGAGUAUUUCAAUCUAUGAGCAUGAGCAUGGAACGAGACAAUGGGAAAUCCAGACUGAACGGAACGGAAUUGAACUCAUUGCUUUKGUUGCUUKAAAACCAACUAGUCGCUCAGCAGCUUAAUAGACUACUGGGUGCUCUGACUASGGGAUCGCUGGGAUCGCCUCCAUUUCAAGUACGAAACAAGUGGAUUAUGCUGGAUCUACAAAAAGCUAUGUUGUCGCAUGGAUACUAUGAUACCGUUCGAAGGCAUCGAUCGGGCGUCUUCACAAUCGAUAAGUUUACCCCCCUUGCAUGUAAUGCAUGUAAAAACCAUGGGGUUGUGCAUUGUUUGUGCGUCUCACCUGCUCAUUUCUUGAUUGUUGUGUUACGUUCCUACGUGGUAUUGCCUCACACUGGAAAUUGACGACCAAAAGAGUUUGCUGAUCGUUUUUGGCGUUUGCUGGUUUUUCGGGUGUUUGAAAGAGGUGUGUCGAAUGUCACAAAGCUAACGCUUUGCGGUAUGACACAAAGUGUUGUAAUUCUURGGCUGUUUGUUGGUGAAUAGAUACAACUACGAGGA